GUCAAAUGAAAAUGUAAUUUAAAAAAAAAGCUUAUCGUAAUUGAUUCUUAUAUGAAUAUUUGGAACUUUUCGUUAAAAGAAUAACGUUUUCCUCGUCUUAAUCUAGUGCGUCAAACAGUACGUGAUACGUAUGUAGUUUUAUCAUUUAUAUAAAUUUACGUUACGACACAAAAAAUGGAAACAUCUUUACGUUCUUUACGUUUACUUAACCGGCUUUUUCGGAAACCACUUGGAAUUCCAUUCUACAGAAGUAUUUCCAAUACAGCUGUACAGGAGGACGCUAGUUCGGAACUAGUGAAUACUUUUAACAGAGACAUUGAAGCAGGGGGUGUAGUACCAGUAUUCAGAAGGGCUUUACUCUUUCCAUCUCGAGUGGCACUACAGGAUGAUGUCGGAACUUACACAUAUGCAAGAUUGUAUCAAGCGGCAACUUCGCUCAGCAAAGAUAUUGCAGCUGAAUUAUUGGGUGAUACAGAGCGUACAAUAUCUUAUAUGUGUCGUAAUGAUGCAUCUCAUGUUGUCGUACAAUGGGCAAUAUGGAUGACUGGCAAUAUAGCGGUCCCGUUAACAGCAUUGCAUCCACCGGAUAUGAUCAAAUACUUCAUUAUUGACAGCGGUUCCAGCUUAGUCAUAUGCUCUGAAGAGUAUGAGAACAUUAUCCAUCCAGUCACUAAAGAGUUAUCCAAGCCGCUACUCAUCACGACAAUGGAGAAGCAGGAGAAGGAUCUUGAAGAAAAGGCUGAUUUGUUGAGUGACGUUGGCCAUUCCAACAAGUGGUAUGGUGGUACAGAUGCUAUGCUGAUUUAUACUAGUGGCACCACGAGCAAGCCGAAGGGCGUGGUGUGGACGCACGGCAUGCUGAGCGCGCAGAUCGCGGCGCUGCACGCGGCGUGGCGCUACUCGGCGCACGACGUCGUGCUGCACGCGCUGCCGCUGCACCACAUACACGGACAGCUCAACUCGCUCAACGCCACUCUGGCCGCCGGAGCCAGGGUGCGCAUGCUGGCGUCGUUCGCGGCGCACGCGGUGUGGGCGCGCCUGCUGGGCGGCGACCGCGACGAGCGCGUGUCCGUGCUGCACGCCGUGCCCGCCAUGUACGCGCGCCUGCUGGCCGAGUACGACACCAUGUUCCGGGACCCCAAGACGGCGGACUACGUGCGCACCACGCUCUCCUCGCGGAUGAGGCUCAUGUGCGCCGGCUCCGCUCCCCUCCCGGAGACCUUGUUCAAGAGGUGGGAAGAGAUAUCGGGAAUAAGGCUGCUCGAACGCUACGGCAUGUCGGAAGUGGGCAUGGCUCUCAGCAACCCGUACCGGCCGGUGGAGGCGCGCACAGUGUCGUGUGUAGGGCUCCCGCUGCCUGGCCUCGCAGCUCGGAUUGCUAAAGUCGGAACCCUGAAACCCCUUAUCACAGUGGAGACCGAAGCCCCGGAUAUGCAGAUUUCACUUGAAAAGUUAGGCUUGACCUCCACGAAGGAUCCAGAGGAAGGUAGUCAGCAGGAUUCGAAAGAAACGGAACACGAGCCGAGUAAUGAUAAGUCGUACGAAGGGGAGCUACUGCUUAAAGGACCUGCUGUAUUUACGAGGUACUGGAACCGAGCUCCGAACCUAGACUCACCAGACUUCACACCGGACGGCUGGUUCCGCACCGGCGACACGGCCUCCUACAGCGACGGGAAGUUCCAGAUCCUCGGCCGGACCUCCGUCGACAUCAUCAAGACUGGCGGUUACAAGGUCAGCGCUCUCCAAGUGGAGUCAGCUCUGCUGGAACAUCCCAGCGUACAAGAUGCAGCAGUACUGGGUAUCGAGGACGAUAGCUAUGGCGAAAUAGUAGCUUCUGUCAUCGUUUUGAAGGAGAACACCAAGUUGACGCUCCGUGAGCUGAAGGACGAAGCCGGGAAGAAGUUGGCUCCGUAUCAGCUGCCGAAGACGAUGCUGAUCGUGGACGUCAUGCCGAGGAAUGCGAUGGGGAAGUUGAAUAAGAAGUUUAUUAAGAAACAGUUCGGUGAUAAAUUGGUUCUUAAGAAAGCUUAGCUCGCAAGGAUAAUUUUACACGUUGAAACUGAUCCAAAGAAUUGUGGCAAUACUUUGUCGCCAUUAUUUAUGUAAUAAAUAUAAAAU